GCUUGAGAAAUAUCUGUUAACGUAUUAGAGAUCUUGGAAUUGAUCCUUGAUCAUCUGAUAGGCGCGGAGGUUAGGGAAAUAAUUCAGGGGGUGAGUAAGAAGAUGAGAGGGGCGGUGAAUAGGGAAAUGCUAGUGUUGGUAUUUGUUGAGGAACAAGUGGUUCGAUUGCUUCAAGGCGGUGGCCUUGAGAAUUGGUGAUGAGAAUGGUUUCUAUCUGUUGGAGAAUUUUAGAUAAAAUCGCCGUUAUGCCCUUCCAAUGGAUCGUUUUAAUUGAUCGAAUUAGAAGGCGGGUGGGAAAUUAACUUUUCAAACUGAGAGGGUGAAAAAAAUAUUCAUCAAAGUUUGGGUAACCUUGGCGGCUAUUAAACCUCCUUCAUAUCAGAACCUAAAACCCUAAAACAAACACCCCAACCUGAGAGCCCAAGUUGGCAGCUGAGUGUUUGAUUAUAAAACUCUAUAACCCUAGAUAAACCAGCCGCCCAGCAGCAGACAAACUCCUAUCAACGCAAUGGGGAGUGCUGCGAAAACGAAGAAGCUCUCAAAUAAACCUAAACCUUCUCUCGCACCCAAACAACCCAAAACCAAAACCAAGUUGAAGAAGCAUAAGAACAACAACAUCAAGAACAAGACCCCCAACAACGACAACAAUAAAACCAAGGUACAACCGGCAUCAGCGUCGGAGCAACUCACUUUCUUUCUCAACCAGUUUGAGUCCGCCAAUGGCGUCCAGCUUUCUUCUCUUGAGUUGGAAUCAAUGCAAGAGUCAUGUAUUGUGAGGAUGUCUAACAACUUGGAUCAGGAUGCUGAAACCUUGGGUAAGCAUAUGAAAGAAGCUUUUGGAACACAAUGGAAAAAAGAAUUGUGUGAAGGACAGGUUGUGGAAGGGAAACUUGAUCCCGGAAGUCCAGCAGUUCUUAUUAUUAGUACUUCUGCCUUGAGAUCAAUAGAGCUUCUCAGGGGUUUGCGUUCUAUGACCAAAGAAUGCCAUGCAGUAAAGCUAUUCUCGAAACACAUGAAGGUUGAAGAGCAGGUAUCCAUGUUAAAGAACCGUGUUAAUUUUGCUAGUGGUACACCAAGCAGAAUAAAGAAGUUAAUUGACAUUGAGGCAUUGGGGCUUUCAAGACUAGAAGUGAUUGUGCUUGACAUGCAAUUGGAUGUGAAGGGCUAUUCUCUGUUCACACUUCCUCAAGUCAGGGAAGAAUUCUGGGACUUGUAUAAAAACUACUUUCAUCAACGACUAUUGCAAGGCGAUCUCCGAAUUUGUCUCUAUGGUCCCAUACCUGAAGAUAAUAAGUUAAAGGGUGAAAGAACUACAAUAAAUUCUGAAGAAUGAAUUUGUCUUGGUCUGGUAUAAAUUUUGCUCUUUUCUGAUUUGAUGUGCCUUUUGUUUCCCCUCAAAUGUAUGCACAAAAUUUUGGCAGUCAUUAUUUAGUCCUGAUGUUGUAACGAUCUACUUGGUCCACAUAAACACUAACUAUAAGAAGUGUUACUACAACAUAUAAAAGAAUUAGUAUGACAUUGACAAAGGUAA